AUGUUCCUGGAACGAUAUUUUCCAGCAUCUAAAGUUGGAAGCAUCAGGAAAGAGAUCUGUGGUAUAAGGCAAUAUACAGGAGAGUCUUUGUAUGAAUAUUGGGAGAGAUUUAAGCAGUUGUGUGCUAGUUGUCCUCAUCAUCAGAUAAGUGAACAGCUCCUCAUUCAGUACUUUUAUGAAGGAUUACAAUCACUGGAUAGGAGUAUAAUUGAUGCAGCCAGUGGGGGUGCACUAGUUGAUAAGACUCCUACUGCAGCCAGGAGCUUGAUUUCUAAUAUGGCUGUUAACUCACAACAGUUUGGCAUUCGCCAAGAUCCUAUUCCACCACCCAAAUCAACUAAUGAAGUGAGGCCAUGUGGAAUUUGUCAAGUUGUGGGGCAUGCUACUGAUACUUGUCCUACUCUAUUUGAGGGAGAAAGUGAGGGUGUUAACGUUGUAGGAAAUUUCCCUGGUCAACUACGUCAGAUGUAUUAUGAACCCUUUUCACAAACUUAUAAUCCUGGCUGGCGUGAUCAUCCAAAUCUUCGUUAUGGGAAUCAACAACAAGUUGCUCCACAGUCUACAUCUGCGAGAUCACUUGGUUUCACUUUGCAACACCGGUCUCAAAAUAAUUUUGUACCUAGACCAUCACAAGCACCACAAGCUGCUCCACCACCAAGUGCCAAACCCUCUACUGAGGAUUUAAUCAAUGCACUUGCUACAAAUACUCUUCAGUUUCAGCAAACCACCCAAGCUUCCAUCAAAAGUUUGGAGAAUCAGGUGGGACAAUUAGCAGCAUCAUAUAACAGGUUGGAAGCUCAUCUUUCUAAUAAAUUGUCUUCACAACCUGAGAUGAAUCCCAAGGAGAAUGCUAGUGCAGUAACUUUGUGA